AGAAAGCUAGUCGAUGUAGUAUAAACGCCCCGUAAAAGUCCGAACUGGCUUCGACGUAAAAGGAAAAAUGUUGUUCUUGUUUAAAUGAACGUGUGGUGGAAACCGGCAAUAACCAAGACGGAUGUUCUCUUUUCAACGAAUGUCUUCACUUCCCUUCAUUAAUGUUUGCUCAUUCGGUUCCAGACGACCACUUAACACCAUGUGGGGUGAAAGGUGGCUGUCGGUGGCUUUGCUGGCCGUGGCCGCUGGAUUUUACUUCCUGCCUUCACCCAUCGACCCCAAAGCCCACGUGCUGAAAGGGCCUCCGCCGGCGCUCGACGGUCCGCUCGCUGCCAACACUCGCCUGCAGGAAGGCCGCAGACUCUUUGAGGGGAAACUCCACGGUCCAGAAUCUUUCACUGCCGAUGAGGAGGGGAACAUCUACACGGGGACGGUGGAUGGGAAGCUGUGGAGGAUCGGUGCUGAUGACAGCCUCACCUUCAUCACCCAAAUGGGCCAGAACCUACCGGAAUGUGGGAGCAGCACGGCCUACGAGCCGGUGUGUGGUCGUCCUCACGGCGUGCGUCUGGAUCGCCAUGGUAACCUCAUCGUGGCCGACUCCUACUUGGGACUGCACAGCGUCGACCCGCACACCGGAGAGAAGACGGUGUUGGUGUCCAACUCAGAGGGCGCUGCUGGCGUGCCUUUUGCCUUCCUAAACGGCCUGGACAUCUCCUCCCAGACGGGGAUGGUUUAUUUCACCGACUCUUCCAGUCGCUGGGGGAGGAGACAUGUCAAGCUGGAGGUAAUCGAGCUGAACAACCUCGGCCGUCUUCUCUCCUACGAUCCUCACACUAGAGAAGUGACCGUCCUGCUGGAUUCUCUCUACAUGCCCAACGGCAUCGCGCUCUCGCCCGACGAGAACUUCCUGCUCCUGGCCGAGACCAGCAUCGGCCGCAUCCUGCGGUUCUGGCUAAAAGGCACUAAGGCAGGCACCAAGGAGGUGGUCAUGGACAACAUGGUGGGUUACCCUGACAACAUCCGCCUCAGCGACCGUGGAACAUUCGUGGUCGGCAUAACAACGCCACGCUUCCGCAAGUGGACGCCUCCCUUCCUGGACAUGAUCGCACCCUACCCAGCUGUCAAACGCUUCAUGGCUAAGGUGGUUCCUCUGAGCUUCUACAACGUGCUGCUGCCGCGCUACGCUUUGGUUCUGGAGCUGGACUUGGACGGCCGGCUGGUGGCUUCCCUGCACGAUCCGGAAGGCCGACUGACGUGGGCCAUCAGCGACGUGUUCCAGCACCGAGGGCGGACCUACCUGGGCAGCACCGACCUGCCCUUCCUGCCCGUGGUCCACGGCGCAUGGGACAGCUGAUAGUAUGCUGUGUGAUC